AUGAAUGAAAUCGUAGCGCGCUGGGCGGCAGAGCGGGCGGCGCAGGCCGGGCUGGGCCCGCGCGCAGCGGCAGCGGCGCCCCGGGCCGGAGGCGGCCCAGCCGAGCGGGCCAUGGCCACCGCCAUUCAGAACCCGCUCAAGUCCCUAGGCGAGGACUUCUACCGCGAGGCCAUCGAGCACUGCCGCAGCUACAACGCGCGCCUGUGCGCCGAGCGCAGCCUGCGCCUGCCCUUCCUCGACUCGCAGACCGGCGUGGCCCAGAACAACUGCUACAUCUGGAUGGAGAAGACCCACCGCGGCCCGGGUUUGGCCCCCGGACAGAUCUAUACGUACCCGGCCCGCUGUUGGAGAAAGAAACGGAGGCUCAACAUCCUGGAAGACCCCAGACUCCGGCCCUGCGAGUACAAGAUCGACUGUGAAGCGCCACUGAAGAAGGAGGGUGGCCUCCCCGAGGGGCCAGUCCUUGAGGCUCUCCUGUGUGCCGAGACAGGGGAGAAGAAGAUAGAGCUGAAGGAGGAGGAGACCAUUAUGGACUGUCAGAAACAGCAACUGUUGGAGUUUCCGCAUGAUCUUGAAGUGGAAGACCCAGAGGAUGACAUGCCCAGGAGGAAGAACAGGGCCAAAGGAAAGGCAUACGGCAUCGGGGGGCUCCGGAAACGCCAGGACACCGCUUCCCUGGAGGACCGAGACAAGCCGUAUGUCUGUGAUAUCUGUGGGAAACGGUAUAAGAAUCGGCCAGGGCUCAGCUACCACUACACCCACACCCACCUGGCUGAGGAGGAGGGGGAGGAGAACGCCGAACGCCACGCCCUGCCCUUCCACCGGAAAAACAACCAUAAACAGUUUUACAAAGAAUUGGCCUGGGUCCCUGAGUCACAGAGGAAACACACAGCCAAGAAGGCGCCUGACGGCACUGUCAUCCCCAACGGCUACUGCGACUUCUGCCUGGGGGGCUCCAAGAAGACGGGGUGUCCUGAGGACCUCAUCUCCUGUGCUGACUGUGGGCGAUCAGGACACCCCUCGUGUUUACAGUUCACGGUGAACAUGACGGCAGCCGUGCGCACCUACCGCUGGCAAUGCAUCGAGUGCAAGUCCUGCAGCCUGUGCGGCACCUCGGAGAACGACGGUGCCAGCUGGGCGGGUCUCACCCCCCAGGACCAGCUGCUGUUUUGUGACGACUGCGAUCGGGGUUACCACAUGUACUGCCUGAGUCCUCCCAUGGCGGAGCCCCCGGAAGGGAGCUGGAGUUGUCACCUCUGUCUUCGGCACCUGAAAGAGAAGGCGUCUGCCUACAUCACCCUCACCUAG